AUGUUCGGACUUAUUGAAUGUUUCAAACACGCCGAAAAAACUGUGGGUCGAACCGUCGAAGAAAAAUACUUUCUCAAAAUACAAAUGGAAUUCGGAAGUGAAUACUCCAAACACUGGCAGCUGCCAAAAGCGUGGAAUUCAUUACUUAACUGCAUUCUGCAUUAGAUUUUCAUUCAGGAAAAAAUCAGCUGUUGCAAAGUGGUGAAGUGUAGCGAAAUCGUCUCUCGUGGGAGGAAGCCUGCGUCAGCUCAUAACGAAAGGAGGAUCUGUUUGUUGACUUUCUUCAUUUUGCAAUUUUGCCUUGUUUUGCACAAUAAUAAAAUGAUUGUUUCGCCAUUACAAUGAGCAUAAUUGGCAUGUUGGAAACUGUUGCGCUUCAGUCAGAGCUUUGCGUGGCGUGAUAACAUCCACUGAAAAUGGAACUGUCAAUAUAAAUCCCGAAAUGGACCCCGAAGUUCCUACUCGUAUCGCGAGCAUAAACGUCGUUCCAGCAUCUACUGCAAAUCCUCGCGAUCCCGUUGUUGUUCCCAUCCAGGACCUCGUAGCUACCAAUGAAAACGAAGAAGCCGUACGAGAAUUUAUAGAAACCGAGAAAUGUGAGCCAUUUGACACUGCCGAUCCUUACGCAGAGCCGGUAGAUGUGGAAAAUGUGGAUGCGAUGUGCCGUGUUGCUGUGCAUAAUCUGCAACAAGUGUCUGCGGAAGAGCGUGCGGGUGUGGAUGCCUCCUUCCCGGUGCAGACAGCAGUAGAAAAAAUGCUCAGUGCAGACGAUUCUGUAUCCACAUCCCCAUCACCCAUGCCUCGAAGAUUCCUGGAAGAUAUGCGGGAUCUGGAAGAACGAGUGAUUCUCGAUCGCGAUGGAACGCCGUUGCCUGAUAUCGUUGUUUCCACCGAAAGUGCCAGAGCGACCAACAGUAUCCACUUGGUGAGAUGGUGGAUUUAUCUGGCGGAGGUUUUCGGUCGCUGGGGUGAUCGGAUGUGGAGUUUCACGGCGGCGCUGUUUCUGCUGGAACUGUUUCCCGGAUCUCUGCUUCUUCCGGCAAUCCACGGAUUAGUCACAGGCUCGUGUGUUAUAUUAUUUGGCUGGUCCAUUGGAGAAUGGGUAGAUGCGACCUCUCGGUUAAAAGCCAUGCGAACUGCUCUGUUUAUCCAGAACACAUGUGUGGCUUGUGGAUCGUUGAUACUGACGUUUGCCUUCGUGUACCGUGCGGAGAUGAACAGUGAUGGGCGAAUAUUCUGCGUGGUUGGCUUUCUGGUAUUUGCUGUGAUUGCCGAUUGUGCUAGUGUGGGAAUGAACAUUAUUAUCGAAAAAGACUGGGUAGUGGUUAUCGCAAAUGGCAACAAGAAAGGCCUGGCAAAUUUGAAUUCAGCAAUUCGUCGGAUUGACUUGACCUGCCAGAUUCUCUCCCCCAUUAUUAUCGCCCAAAUCAUGACAUUUAGCGAGCAUUACGUCGGCACGAUUGCCGUAUCGGUUUGGAAUGUGUGUUCCAUGAUGAUCGAAUACGUGAUAUUGAUGAAAAUUUACCGAAGAGUGCCUCGUCUAUCGUGCAAGCCCCUACCCUCUCCAAGCGAAAAACUGAUCAAGCCACUAUCGCGAAAAAUAUUUAAAUCGUGCUUUGCAAUUCACGACGGAUGGAAGGCGUACUUCCGUACGCGAGUGUGGCCGGCUGGAGUCGGUUUAGCGUUCCUCUACAUGACGGCGUUAUCCUUCGACGGAGUGACCAACACGUAUAUUCGGACGCAGGGCUUAUCGGAAUCGGUGAUCUCCGUGAUGAUGGCAUUGGGGGCCGCGGUCGGGAUUGCCGGGACGUUUGCGUUUCGCACGGUGCGCGCCAAGUUCGGGCUGGAGCGAACGGGGUUGAUUGCGCUCAGUGCGCAACUGGUGUGCCUAACGUUUUGUGUUGUGUCUGUGUGGCUACCCGGAAGCCCAUUUGAUCCGUACUUCUGUUCGAAAAGUAACCGAACGGAAAUUACUCCUAACGCUGCCGACAUCGAUGAGAAUCAAUGGAUCACGAAACCAGUUGAGGAACUCCCAUCGGUUGUUGUGUUCCUCUUCGGAAUGAUUGCGGCACGUUUCGGUUUGUGGAUGGCUGAUCUGACGAUCACGCAGCUCCUGCAGGAAAAUGUUGCCGAGACCGAGCGAGGACUGAUUGGCGGUGUACAGAGCUCCUUUAACCGGUUCAUGGAUAUGCUGAAGUUUGUGUUGGUCAUCGGUCUGCCGAAUCCCCAGACAUUUGGCUUCCUGGUUAUUACUUCCUUUGCAUUUGUUGCCACGGGACAUGCUUUCUAUGCGUGUUUUGCUGUCAGAUCGGGCUGGCAUGCGACGGUGACUGUGACGAGAUUGUGAUUGAAUUGGACGUGGUCUCGAUCCUGGCUCUCCUCGGGAGUCUUUCCAACACCAAUAAACAGAAAUCUGUGUGUUGGUUGACUCGCUUACCGACUUUUCCGGAAGUAUCAUACACCGACAUGUCUCGAUAAGCUCGCGUCGGCUUAUACGGCUCAUGAGGUCAUGUGAAUUAAACGGAAAUAAUCUUCUAUUAUUUUUAAACAUCCUUGUUCUGCUCCCACCGGAAGCGACCGCUAAGAAAAGCUUAACUAGUCUGCUGAUAGAGACAUGUUCAUGCACAAUCUUU